CGAACCUUUUUUUUCGACCAAAAUUUUUGGUCUUUGCUCGUCCUCAGAACCCACCACCACCACCACCUCUUCACUCUCCCUCUGUACACUACUCAGCAUGUCGCGGCCCGAGACAACAGCUCCCCCGGAAGUCUUCUACUCGGAGACCGAGUCCAAGAAAUACACCUCCUCCUCGCGCAUCCAGCACAUCCAAGCCGAGAUGACGCUCCGCGCGCUCGAUCUGCUCGCCCUCGACCCGCACCAGCACAUCCUCGACAUUGGCUGCGGCUCCGGACUUUCGGGCGAGAUCCUCAGCCAGGAAGGCGGGCAUGUCUGGGUCGGCAUGGAUAUCUCGCCGUCGAUGCUGGCGGUCGCGCUCGACAGGGACGUGCCCGGCGAUCUGCUGCUGGCGGAUAUGGGCGCGGGGAUCCCGUUUCGCGCGGGCUCGUUCGACGCCGUGAUUAGUAUCAGCGCGAUCCAGUGGCUGUGCAACGCCGACACAAACACGGCCGACCCGAAGCGGCGGCUGGCGCGGUUCUUUGACACGCUGUACGCGGCGCUGCGCAGGGGAGGGAAAGUCGCAUGCCAGUUCUAUCCGCGCGACGAUAGACAGGUCGAGCAGAUUCUGGGGGCGGCCAAGACUGCGGGAUUCGCUGGCGGUUUGGUGAUUGACGACGAGGACAAGAAGAAGAAUCGGAAGUACUACUUGAUUCUGACGGCGGGGAAUAUCACGACGAACGAUAUCAAUCUCAAGGGCGUCAAGAUCGAUAAGCAGCACGCGGCAAGACGGACGUCGAAGAAGAAUAGGAAGGAGGAAAGUACAAAGGAGUACAUUAAUCGGAAGAAAGAGCUUAUGCGUAAGCGGGGGAAGCUUGUGGCUUUGGACAGUCAGUUUACGGGCCGCAAGAGACGGCCAAAGUUUUGAUGUGUGUUUGUUCAUUGUGAUUUUCGUGUUUGUGUUCAUUGAUAGUUCUUUUCACUCCACUGUUUGUGGACCGGCGUUCGGAGAGUUGUUUUACCAUCUAGUCAGUAGUGGUGGUG